AUGACAAUAUCUACCGCACAAACGUUGAUAAACGGUCGAACAAGAACUGAAAUACCCAUGAAAGUAACACUGCUGACAGCGGAGAUUGCGAAAAAAGUGCUAGCAGAGAAAACUAAAAGAAACCAGAAGCCUCAAGGUUAUUAUGACCAGACUGCCAAAGAUUUAAAUGAGGUAAUGCCUGGAAAUACCGUUGUAGUCAAGCCUAAAGGCCUACUGAGUGGACAAGGAUGGAAGAAAGAAAUUGUCUUAGUUACUGAAUUGCGGAUACCGUUCAUAUACGAUGUUAAUGUGCCUCGAUGGUAAACUAUCUGCAAGAAACCGUGUAGAGACCACAAAGGCUAUAUACAACCUGCUCAAUGCGCUAAGAUGGAACUAAAUACCGUUAUUCGAACACGUUCGGGAAGCUUAGUGAAAAUGCCGCAAAGACACUCUAGCAGAAUGUAAAAUUGCAAAUUUACUGGAGAACGGUGUUAGAAGGUGCACCAUAUUGCGAUGCAUCAUGGGAUGUCCAUGGAGAUACAACCUUUCGUAAUGGCGUUGAGUUGAGUUUACUGUUCGUGUCUGUUAAGAUUGGUCUUGCAAAACACUGAUAAACAUAAAAGUUGUUCAACGACGCAAUCACUCUACAUAUUAUUGUUAAUUCCUCAAAAGAACUUUAACUGUAAAGCGGAAGCAUGCCUGUAAGGAAUGAUAAUUUGACUUCUUCGGUGGAAGUUGUGUUGAAGUAUUAGUCAGUUGUGAAGAGAUUUUGUUUCGAAUAGAAUUCCGUUGCUCGUUACGCUACACGAAACAUUUACUCACUGACAGUGCAAAUUUGGUUCCAAAAAGUGCAAACUAAGGUUAAAUAAAGGGGAGCGAUCGUAAAUACCGCAUUUGCCCUCAAGUUUACAACCCCGCGUAAACUGGCAAGCAAAUGCGGCAUUUACCAUCUUUGCUUUUGAUUUCCCCCUAGUUUGCACUUUUUUGCACCAUAUUUUGCACCGAGUAAAUUUUUGUAAAUCCAAUUUUUCGUGCAGUGAAUUAUCAUUAAAAUGGGAAGAGAAUUAUUUCCUGUUCUACUCUGUUACUUCGUUUUGCAGAGUACUCCAAUAACAUAAACCAAAAAAAGAACCAGGUAAAUAAGAAGCAGCAAAGUGCCAGGAAAUUAUUGGAUGAAUUUGUUGUCAGAGAGAUUGACGUCAGUUGUCAACAAGGUAGGGAGAGGAACAUCCUCGGAGAACAAAGACAGCUACUCACUUGUUGUAAACAUUCGCUGCUACUCGGUCUUAGAGGAUGGGAGAAGGACUCAAAUAGGCAAAGAGGAGGGUUUGCAAGACACGUAUUUCUAGUUAAUUUAAUCAUAACAACCAUACGAAGGGAACUGCCUGGCUUCUUUGAAAGAGCGCAUUUUUAACAUUUGGGCAUCUUUAAUAUUUUUGCUUAUGUAAUCGACUUGCAAGCCAUAAAAAAAAAGCUAAAUUGAGAAGUUGAAAUUAUAGCUUAGUACACUCAGUAUACCUUUCGAAGGAGCAAGAGGCAUGGGUUCCUUCUCAAACAAUGCACUGGGUUAAGUAAGAGACCAACUGAACAUGUCCUGGUGCAGAAGGGACAAAGCGCUAUCAUCAUCAGUCGUAAAUGUUUCAAAGGGUUUAUUCACAGCACAUUCAGGUGCUAAUUUACGCUCUGCAUGAAGGAUUUUCGAAGUGGAAAAAGCUUUACUACGAUUCCAUCGACGAAGAUCAACUUUAAUUUAAGAUUUUCACAAUCCCUUGUUGAAAUACAUUAUUGAAACUUGUAUAGUAAAAAGAUAAUAGUGUUAGGUUUUCACCUCGAUGUAAGAACUGUAAAGUUUUUCUUUGCUUCAGAUCGAGUUAUCAUUCACCCCAUGUAAGGGAAUCUAGGGCAGUCUUGGAUUCUGAAAUCCACGCUGAGGAUUCUGGAUUCCAGGUACUGGAUUCCCGUAUUUUUCAGUGGAACUUGAAUGCUGGAUUCCAAUCGUUAGUAGGAUUCCGGAUUCCUUGGGAUGUUUUCCGGAUUCCAAACCCCAGGAUUCCGGAUUCCAUAAGCAAAAAUUUUCAUGACUUUUUGCUCUCGAUAAUGGAAGCAGAGGACGAUUAUGUUGAGGUGCCCAUUCUCCUACAAAAAAUGGCAAAUUCUGCAUCCUCGACUUAAUGUACUAAUAAUCGAUAGGUUCUGUUAGUAGUAAAUUUGAUUGUAAUAUCAUUCUGUAAGACUAUAUAUUUUGUAACUUUAGCUUGUUUUUCAGUAAUUCUUAUUUAUCCACAUAGUUUAUUUAGUUACUUUACAAUUAUUAUAUUAUGACUGCUGUAACCUUUCCUCUCCGCCCGCCUCGUCUAGCUUUUGCUAUUUGCGGGUGGAGAUGGCAAAAUGAUGCGCAUGAAAUAAAGUAUAGUGUGUGUGAUUGAUAUAAACGGGACCUUAAGUUCGUAUGCCUUUAAGAAGUACGUUGAAUCGAUUAAGCAUAAAAAGACCAAUUUAUAACAUUAAGAUUCAUUUCUUCUUCUCAACUUAGAAAUAACAUGUAACUUUGAUGUAUCAAUGUGCGGUUUCGAGCGAGGCAAAGAUGGGACGCUUGACUGGACUCGACACAGGAGGAGCCCAUCUUCCAGUAAAGGACCUUUAGUUGAUCAAACCACUGGAAACAUUACAGGUGAACUCUAAACUAAUUAAAUUAUAACUAACCAGAGUUAGUAUUAGUAGAGACAGUUACGGUUAUUUAGAGCAUCCAGUGAUCAAAUUGUGGACAAAAAGAAUUAAACCAAAAUUGUUUUUUAUUUGGGGGGGGGGGUUCAUAUCUAAAUCCGAAUUUUGUACUAUCCUAGGUUAUUUUCACCCAGCCUUGAGCAAUCCAGCCCAAGUCCACCACUUUUUCUUAUUCUGAAAGCAACAUUAAUAUUUAACCCCCCUUCAAAAAAAUAGAAACUUCCCUCUACAUUGGAGUCACCCAAGAGAGAGUAAUGGGACGUUAUUCUUUCUUGAGUCAACAGAAUGCAAAACGAUAAUAACAUUUAGAACAAUAAUAUCAAUCAAUCAACAGAGCCCUUUUAUUAAACUGACACUGAAAAAUGAAUUGCUACACCUGCCUGCCUUUUAAAUAAUAUUAGGGUUUUUAUUUAUUUUCUUUUCAUACCUUAUCUCCAUAAAGAGCGUUUUCACUCACGUGGUCGUUAGCUGUUCAAAUAUAUUACGAAAAAAGAAAGCGUUUACACCAACAUAGCCGUUGUGAAUUCAUGUGAAAGGCUUUAUAGCAUUGGCGGAUCUAGAGCCAGAGAGGGGCUCGGGAGAGGCCAGGGGCCCCUCCUUAUUUUUUAGGUACGACUGAGGCCGGUUGGGCCAAGAAAAAUUAUCCUCGAGACUACCCUUAUUCUUAGGGUCCGGUUAAGCCAAACAGCCCCCCACCCCCCACCCCCACUUACUUAUACAUAGUAACCCUAUUUGCUCUUGCUACCUCACUUACGUUGCCCUUACGAGGUCAGAGAACUGUUUUAGCAUUUGCGCGCAAACUUUGAAAAAUCUUAUUCUAGGUCAACUAAAAAACAUUUUUUAGUAAGCACUGGUUAUUUUUCUUUCCUGUAUCCGUAUAUUGUGUAAGUUAUUAAACAUUCAUUUUUUACAGUUAUCUAGUCAACAAGAACUUACAAAAUUGGACAGUCGGUCCUCAACUUAAAACUACGGGAUAGUUAUAAGUUGCUACCCUCUAUCCAUCUUUAUCUCCUUAAAGGUUAUUACAUGUACAUAGAAGCAUCCAGUCUACAUCAACCAGGUGAUGAUGCAAAAUUUUACAGUCCUCCACUUAAGUUCUUUGGGAUUAUGUGCCUUGAGUUCUAUUACUAUAUGUCUGGUGCAGCUACUGGAAGCCUGAACGUCACCAUAAAUGAAACAGUAGUGUUCUCUGCGAGUGGUGAUAAAGAAGACAUAUGGCAUAAAGCUAGUAUAAAUAUAUCAUCUAUUGUGGGAUUGCACUGGGUAAGCAUUUAUAAUGAGACCACGUCGAUAUCAAAACCGUCUGAAAACGGUUUUCUCUAAACGCAGUAGGGAGCCAAUGAUUUGAAGCGGCAUAAGGCAGGAAUCUUUGACAAAAUUUUGAGAAUUUUCGAGAGUCUAAAUUCCACAAAUCUUACUUUAGACGGACUUUCUGUAUUUAUCAGCAAAGCAAGCAAAACUAUAAUACUUCAUCUUAUCAUUAACUAUAAAUUAAACACAGACAAAAGGUAAGUUAUACCGUAAAAUUCCGAAAAUAAGCCCCUCCAAACUCGUAACGUAAAAAACCCUCCGUUAAGGUCUCGGUAAAUGAAAAUUUUAGUACAUUGCUCGAUUUUGGUUUUUUUGGAUUUUUGGCAUGAGUGGGUCCUAAAUUUUAUUUUGGCAGAAAAAGAAAAUCAGAAAGUGCUUUUUAACCCUUCUAAAAUGAGCCUUUUCUGAGCUAACCAGCCAAGCGUGGACCUCGCGCUAAAUCUUUAGAGCUGAUUUUCUCUCACUCUAUUUUAGACGCAAAAAUCAAAAUUCUCCGACCUCCAGUCGGGGCAGGUUUUAAGCUAUCGCUUUGAAACUUUCAGAUAUGACGGAUGAUGAUAUAGACUCAAAAAGGGUGUGAGGAAUUUUCCGAUUUCCCUUUGUAACUCAUUUUAUGUCAGUUUCUUUGCGUAAAUCGCGCUCGAGAUUCGACUUUUUAGUUUGAAAUGCAAUAAUUCCGCUAAUACGAGACAUAUGCAAAUUUCCUCACACCCUUUUUUAGGUCUUUUAUCUGUCAAUCAGAUGCAAUAAAAAGGAAGUGCAUAUUUAACAACGCGAAAGGGCUGGAGCUUCAGCAGUAAACUCGAUACCUCUGAGUUCGAGAGCAAAAAACUUAAGCGCCUUUUGAAAUUCGAUGAAAUAAAAUCUUUUAUAGGGUAAUUUAGUCUUUUAGCUUUAAUUUGAUAUAUAACUUGCCUUUGUAGCGAAAAUACUCGCGCGACUAGAAUUUUUUUCUGUGGGCACCUCGUUUUCCUUUACCGAGACCUUAAAUUGCCCCUCCAAAUAUAAGCCCCCCGGUGGGCUUGUACUUGGAAAUUGCCCUCAAAUACAAAGUAAAACAAAGCAAAACGGUAAAUUUCCGUCCAACUAUAAGGCUAGCCCAAUCGAUUUUGAAACGCAAAUUUCCCUCCGUAGAUACGCCCCUCCGAAUAUAAGCCCCUCCAAAAAUAAGUCCCUCAAAAAGGGCCUUUGAAAAAUAUAAGCCGCGGGGCUUAUUUUCGGAAUAUUACGGUGUAUCACUCUAAAGUUCGUAAAUGCAAAGAAAAUAACACUUAGCGUUUCAAAGAGGAUGUGCUUGCUGUUUGUAUCAAUUAUUUAGUUCUUUAAACAUUCAAGUUAAUUUUUCAUUUCUGCAAUAUUAAUUUGUCUUUAAAGUCCAUCAUUAAAGCGACCCUUCCAGACUGAUUACACUGUAAUACCAUGUUUUUGACAGGUAACAUUUGAAGGCGUAGUAGGAAGCAGUAUCACUGGUGACAUAGCAAUUGAUGACUUCUCUUUUACAGGGGGGUCUUGUCCUUAU